GUAACGAGAAGACUGAGGUGUUGGGGUCCGGGAAGCAGCUCGAGACCCUGAAGUGAAGAGACUCGGCGGCGGCGCCUUUUCUUCAUAGGGGACCCAGGGCGAGAAGUCAACACUGAGUAAAAUAAUGUUGGGAGCUGUUAGAGCAACAGCAGGAUUUAGUGUCCCACCGAGAUGGCCUUCCCGAAAGCCUCCUUCAGGAAUGAUGAGGACGCGAACCCCCACCACCUCGUACGAGCCUUUUACUCCGAAUAACAACAUCGGAAUUUCUCUAGCGUCCCUCCUGGCGGCGGCUCAGAACUUUCUCACAUCUUGUUUCAGCCUCUUCUCGAAGGACAAAUAUUCUAAGGCCCAUUUUCUAGAUGAGCAAACAGGACUGAGAGAAUUUCUUAGCCGCCAAGGUGAGGGAACCAGCCCAGAGAGGCUGCGCACUUGGUUGUAAGCAGCAGAGCAGGAAUUGGCACCAGCUUCCCCAGGCUCCUGAGACCCAAACACAGGGUCUAAACCAGGUCUCCCGCUCCCUUGACCAAGAGGGGCUUCCUUGUAACUAUGAUGCUUUCGUUGGAGUUAAAUCAUUUGUUAAAGUUUUCAGUACAAAGCAAACAUAGGAGCUGGAAGAUGAUUUAAUGCCUAUUUAACUCUGCAAUCUUUUCCCAUCCUUUAAGUGGACAAUGUUUUAUAAAUUUGAAGUUUGUGUACAUUACUCUUCACACAUCUGUCUUCAUCUAGACCUCCCGUUAUUUCUUUCUUUAUAUCAAUCAUUAAAUGCAUCUACCUUUGUUAAGCCCUGUGCUGGGUCUUGGGGACAUAGAGGCAAAAACAAAACGUUCUCUCGGGAGACAGCACGUCCUCCCACAUGUGACUGAAUAAACUCCAGGUACUUUGGAAGGGGAAGGGGCUGGCAGCUGGUACCUUGGGGAAGGCCGAAUGGGGCCUCUGAACCAAGCUGUGAAGGAAGCCACGUUCUCCAAAGCAGAAGAGCCUGAACGAAGUCAAAGGGACUGGCAAUGGAGCCAUUUAUGAAAAGGGAUCCAGGAUAUUGCACAAGGACCGAGGAGGACUAAGGACAGAAAUGCAGGCGAGCACACAUCUGGGGAGGGGGCCGGACACCUUCCCCUCUGCCUCAGCUCUUCACUGUGCCCCUUCUCUCCUCAGACACUGCCCCUCAUCACCUCCUGCCUGGAGAAGAUGCCUUGUCUCCCCUGCAUCCCUCCCCCCAGUCCAUCCUCAUCCAAAACACACAGGGAUUCUCCUGAAGUGCAGUUCUGACUGUGUUACCCCCUCCUCAGUAAACUCCUCUGGCUCCCUUCUUAACUCGGGGCAUUUUCUGUGGCUGUCCCCCAGGCUCGGAGUACCCCCCUUUUCUGUCCUGAUGGUUCCCUCCCCUUCUUCCAGUCCCAGCUGAAGAAUUCCACUUUGCUGGAAGCCCUCCCCAGGUGAUUGUUUCCUACUUAGCCUAGCCCUAGCUGGCUUCCCCCAUUAGAUAGUGCGCUCCUGAGGGCAGCCAUUGCCUGUUGCCUCUGUUUCCCUGUCCCUUAGUCCAAGCCCCGGCACAGGGUGGAUGAGUGCUUAAUAAACCGAGAUGGGCUGACUGAGUAGCUAUGGCAAUUAAUAUUGAAUCCCUGGGCCAUGGCAAGAUGAGGGCUCAGGUAUUAGAGUUUGGAGCUGUAAGUUUCAGGGACAUCCCAAGGUUUUAAGGGAAGAAGGUGGAGAUGGUGAUCUGAACAGAGGAAGUGAGCAGUUUGUGCUGAAAUGUAAAGGUCACAGGGAGCCUGAAGUUGUUGACUGGGGAAUGAGCCGGACCUGGAUUUUGGCAGCUUCCCUGAGGAUGAAAGGAGGGAUAGGGUCUGGAGGGAGGGAGGCUCCCACAGGUAAGAGGGGAGGAGGGUCUAAAGGAGAAAUUGCCACUAACCUACUGCUUGUGAACCCAGAUCCUUAGGAGAAGGGGGUGGGGCCCUUGACAGAAAUUGGGAAGUAUCUAGCAGAUUCAGCAAACUUACCCUGUAAAGGACCAAGUACUAGAUGUUGUAGGUUUUAUAGACAAAAUUGAGGCUAGUAUAGUGAUAUUUUUAUAAAAAUAGAAAAAAAUUUAAUUUUCACAAGUAAGAAUCAACAAAAUUAAAAAUAUAAUAAAGCAUAAUUUUUUGUGUUAUUAAUCUAUUAAUGAGAGGAAUGGAAUUCAUUUUGGGGGAAUAACAUUUCACUUAAUUGGGGUUCAAAGAUAAUGUUUCCUAUCACAAAAAUUGAUUGCAAAUGUUCAUCUAUUAAUAUUGAUCUGUAAUGAGAUCUUAUGUAUUUCAUCUUUGAAAAUGUCUUUUCAUGCAAAUAAAUACCAUCAAAUACUGAUAUCAGUCUACAAACAUAUGAUAUUAACUGAGCAAAAUCUUGGAUAAAUUUGUUUUUACUGGACAUAUUUCUUUAACUGUUACAACCAAGUACAACUUAAUUAACUCACUAUCAGUAAACAGCUUUCCUUGCUUGACUAACAAUGAGCCAUGAGAAUCUUACUUUAAUUUCAGCUUCGUUUCCAUUUUUUAUUUGUUGUCAAAUUCUGCUGUGAUAAGAUAAUCCAAAUUUCUAAUUGCUCUGUGGUCUGCUGUCCUGUCUGUGAUCUGGGAAUAUUGGGAUGAACACUUAAUCUGAUAAUAGUGAUGUAUAUUGUAUUCUUUGAGCACCCCAAUAAUAUCAUUGUAUAAACAUGGUGCUAUGUAAUUCAAUAAUAAAAUAAUCUAUACUCCCCUUAGUCUUAAAAACACCGCCAUGGAAAUCCUCCUUUUGUUUUAAUGGGUUGACAUGAUAGAUAUGUACUGGUAAUAAAAUUAAAUUGCACUAUGGUGAAAAGCAUGGCAUUCAAAAUAUGUCCAAUUCUAAUUGCCUCACUGCAAUUGGUAAUGUGCCUGAGCACGAGAGGAAGCAAUGUGCGCCACACAACCAUCUCUGGCUCUUCCUCAACUCCAAGGGUAUACCUGGAAAGCAGCCAGACAAUACACAAACCAUAAACUUUACUGAAAGGACACAGAAAGGUGAAUAUCACAUGAUUCUCAUUUCAAUGAAGCUUACUCUUGAUUUGGUCUUUUUUCAAGUAUUAAAAAUGUAAAAACUGUUCUUAUUUCUUAGCUCCUGGGUAGGAGGGAGCAUUUGGCCCCUAGUGUACUGGUUACUGGGAUAGAGCCAAUCAUGUGGUGUCCACUUUCAGAUCUACCUCGACCUUUCCCUGUCUUUGGCCACUUGGGACUUGUCUAGUCUUUCAUUACUGAGGAUAGUGACAAUAUAAUACAAACACGUCUUUUUUUCUUCUUAAUUAUUUAUUUCCUUGGGAAAUAUUCUCAGUGGUAGGAUUACCAAGUCAAAGGUUAUAUGACCUGAGUUUUUGAAAAAGGAAAGACUUCUGCCCUUGAGUUGCAUCGUGUAUUAUCUUACAAUAUUACGUCUACAUUAUCAUAGCAGUGAUGAUUUUUGCUCAUGCCCAAACAACUACCUUCCUUCUCUCAAGGACGUAAUUUAGAAUCUAGAAUUCUUGAUGAAUUUGUCUAUUUAAAUUUUCAAUUUGAAAAUGUGUCUUUAAAAAAAAAAACACUAAUUUCUCAUGUGUUUUGUGUUUAAUUGACAUUGUUCUGUCUUAAAAUUUAACAAUGACGUUUUGAGCAAAGCAGGAAAAUUUUUGUGUGGCUCUAAAAUAUUCUUUCUUUUUUGGUGAACAUCUUAGUGGCUAACAUUUUGAAUAUUUCUUUUGAACAGUAUAGUAAUUAAAAAUAAUUAUGAGAAAUGCUGGAAUAACACAAAUGAAGAAAUAAGCCGUGCCCCAUUUAGGAGUUUACCAUUCACAAUGUUGAGACUUUCUUUAGUACUUUGUUUCUCAAAAAACUUUCUCUAUUACUGCGAUCAGAGAUUAUUGUAUAAUUGAGAGCUCUGUAUUAGAAGAGAAGAGAAAGUAAAGCAAAAGGUUUAUUUUGUUCUUGCCAUUGCUAUUGCCCAUAAGAUUUUUUUCUUCAUGCAAAUAUGUUGUCAUUAAUAUGAAAAUAUAAAUGCAGGUAAAUUUACACCUAUGUUUAAAUAUAUUGCUUUGGGGUUUUUUCCCUUUGACUUGAGAAGGAAGAUGGAAAUUAUUUUUAGAUUAUUAAAGAAUCCAACCAUGACAAUUUUUGCAUUUUUUUAUAGAAUGGCCAGUGGUCCAGGAGGUCAUGCACCUCUCUCCAAUCAGAAAUCGAUACCUUGGGAAUGUCCUCGAACAAAGAAAUUACAGGUCACUGAAGAGGAGCUGUUUUAUAUGAAUUGUAGAGCUGCCUAUCUAACUGUUUUUAAAAGCAGUUUAGAAAACAUUAUGUCAAGAGAUCAACUCUGCAUAGCACUUCAGAAGGCAGGAAGAAAUCCUUCCCAAAAGACAAUUGAUAAGUACUGGACUCCUCAAACUGCUAAGCUGAAUUUUGAUGAUUUUUGUGCAAUUUUAAAAAAAGAAAAGCCUACUUCAAAAUCAGAACUGUUAAAAGCAUUUAAGAAAAUAGAUGUAAAUAAUGAUGGCUAUAUUUUACACACUGACCUUUAUAAAAUUCUUACAAAGAGAGGGGAUAAAAUGACACCAGAGGAAUUGAGUGCUAUACUCAAUUUGGCUGAUGUAAAUGUGGAUGGCAAGCUUGACUACAAUAAGUUUUGUAAAUUAUAUGUGACAACCAAUGAGCAGUGUCUCAAGACUGCACUAGAAAAACUGGAAAUUGAUAGUAAAAUGAGGCUUCAGCAAUUAGGAAGUCACCUGGAAGGAUCUCCUGAGAGUGCCAUAUCACCAAUAGCAAAACCGUCCCUGAGAAUUCCAAGGAAUAUUGAUCAGGAAACCAUGCUCAAUAGAGGUGAUGGCCGAAAUUCUUCUCUACCAUUACCAGCUCGAAAGUAUAAAACAUCUGUUUCUUUUAAUAUCAGCAUGGGGGCUAACAGCUGUCGAAAUUCAAAGCUACUUGAGCCAAACUCACUCAAGGAAUGGCAGUGUGCUCAGUCAAAGGGCUGUUUCUUCUUGGAAGAAAAUGGUGAAAUUAUUAGUCAUCAAUACAAAGUCCACUUAUCCCAGCGGUCCUCAGUUUAUCUUACUAUUAGACCACUGAAUCUGAGUCAAGAAGAAGGAUUACCAUCUCCUUGGUUGUCAGUGGACACUGCUUUGUAUCUCUUCAAGGAAAACGAAGGCCAAGCGAACCUACAGCUCAUGUGUUUUACUGAAUUGCGGAAUAGAGAAAUGUAUGGAUGGAGUGGUGAAUUAGGAUCAGGACUUUAUUAUUUAAUUCCAUUCACAACUGGCUGUUGGCUGAAGAAGGAAAAGAAACACAUUGCGGAGGAAGCCAUGCUUGUGUGCAGAAGUGAAAAGGGAGAGUUGUUUCUUACAAAGAAGUUUAGAUCAGCUUUAUCAGACAUAUUUGAUAUAAUUGAUUUAGAUGGAAAUGAUCUUCUUAGCCUUGAUGAAUAUAACUUUUUUGAACUGAGGACAAGUGGUGAGAAAUGUGAUGAAGAUGCUUGGACUAUCUGCAAAGAGAAUUUUGAUACAAAGAAGAAUGAACUAACAAGGCAGGGAUUUAUGGAUCUCAACCUGAUGGAAGCCAGUGAUCGAGAAGGAGAUCCUAGUGAUCUCUGGGUGACUCUGCACUCAAUGGGUUUCAACAAAGCCCUGGAAAUGGUAGAGGCUUGCCCAUUCAUCAUUGACAUCCACGCAGAGAAAUGCCGGCCCAGAAUUAAAGCUGUGCACAUGGGAUCGGGCACUAAUCAUUUUGAGAAAGCCAUUUGCAAGUCUGUCAUUAGCAAAGGCGAUGUCAAAACUAUGGACAGCCAUGAGAAUAUCUUUCUACAUACCUAUAAAAGUGAUUUCCGGAUAACGACAGUUCUUGAAAAUAAGUCAGAAAAGAAAGCAAUUAUUCAUGUCAACAAUGAGUUAAGUAAAAACUGCUUAAAUAACAGAGGUCUCAACAUUUUCGCUGUGGAGGUGGCGCCCAAGACUACGAUGGUGUGUCAGCAUGUGGUGCCGAUGAACGAGCGCCAGGAAUGGGUCUAUAACUGUGUGUACUCGCUCGUGUCUUGAGGGCCCCGCGUGGAAGGUGACUGCUCCGAGACUGCCCGAGGGCGCUGACCAUUGAGUCGUGAGGACGUACCCUGGUACAAACCACUUCUCUGAGCUCCCCUCCCUCUUAACUGUUGUGUGUGUGUGUGUGUG